AUUUAUAAUGUGCAACUUUUGCGUUUUGAUAACGAUAAGGGUAAUUGGCUUGCUGUUAUGGAGUCACGCUAUAAUUUUUCGAAAGAGUCGAAAAAUAUGUUGUAUCUAAGUGGAACUGAUAUUGAGAUCGGUUCAAAGCUUCAAGCGUUCGUAACUUCAGCGUUUGAUGGUGCUCAUAUCUUUGUCGAAAUUAGUCCUGGUAUUGCUGGUUGCAUUGCAAAAUGCAAGAAGUUGUCGUUAAAACCCGAUGAUUUGGUCAGAGUUCGUGUUAAUCAUGUCUUUCCUGAUGGUGGCUUGAACGUCGAAUUUGUGGAUUUAAUUGCGCAAGGUUCUACAGAGAAAAAACCACGGAAGAGGCUAAUAAGUGUUGGAUCUGGCUCUGAUACUGCAAUCGAUUUACCGCGAAAGAAAUCGAAAGCAGCUGGUUAUGUGGCAGCACAUUCGAAAGAGAACGAACCGCCUCAAGUUACUCCUAUUGAAGCAAAAGUGGGAAUUAGUUUUGAAAAGAAACUUCAUAAUUUUGGAAUAAUCAUAUCUGUUGGAUAUGGUAGAGCUCAUUCUGACUUAAGCUUUGGCAGAAAAUUGCCCGAGCCAGGUUUAGACUGGUCUCUAAAGGGAUUUACACCAGCUGAAUUUGCAUCAGUGGGACAAAUUGGUGAAAAGAUGGAUGUUCCUGUUAGUGCUUUAAUAUCGAAAGAUGAAUCCACCGCUGAUAAUAUUGGAGAACAAAGCAAGCCAAAAACUGAAGUGGAGCUUCAAAUAGAAGAGGAAAAGAAAUUAAUAAAUCGUGAGCGAAAAAUUCUCGAGACCGAUUGGAUCCCAGAUAACACGAAUGAUUUUGAUCGUUUAGUUGCUGGUACACCCAAUUCUUCGAUCUUGUGGAUCCGGUACAUUACAUUUUUUCUGGAACGAAAUGAUGUGGAAAAAGCAAGGGCAGUUGCAGAGCGAGCACUUUCAGUUAUCAAUUUCAGAGAAGAAGAUGAGAUUUUCAAUGUUUGGACAGCAUAUCUAAAUUUGGAGGGAAAUUUCGGUACCAGCGAGUCGUUAAAGGCAGUUUUCGAUAAUGCUAUCAAAAAUACCGAUUCUUUGAAAAUGUAUAAGCAAAUGGUGAAAAUAUAUCAAAAUCUCGGAAAAAUACAGGAAACGGAUGAUUUGCUAGAUGACAUAUUGAAACGGUUUCGUCACGAUGACUUGGAUGUUUGGUUCAUUUAUGGCCAACAUUUACUAGAAACAAAGCGCUCAGAUGCGGCAAGAAAUUUGAUGAAGAAAGCGAUCAAUUGUUUAGCUCGCAAGCACCAUGUAACCAUUUUGAGCCGUUUUGCGCAACUUGAAUUCAAAUUUGGUGAUAUAGAACAAAGUAAAACAAUUUUUGAAAAUAUUUUAAAUUCAUAUCCGAAGAAAACAGAUGUCUGGACAGUUUAUAUUGAUCUGCUCAUCAAAGCUGAAAAAAUUGAGGAUGCAAGGCACCUACUUGAACGAGUCACUGCACUAAAGCUAUCCACCCAUAAAAUUCGGUUGUUUUUUAAGAAAUGGAUCGAUCUGGAGCAAAGGCAUGGUGAUGAGAAACAGCAAAAUGAUGUUAAACAACGUGCACUGAAUUACUUACAAGGUGUUACUGAACUUACCACUGAAACAUAA